CCCGCCCCGACCCCUGUGCGCUAUCUCCGACGGCUCGUCCUGCCCAACUCCCUUAAUAACCGCAGAUUCCGGCCCAGCGAGGAGAUGCCGCCUCCCAACUCGGCAUCAAACAGCACUCCUCUACGCUCAUCCACCGAACCGCUUGAACCGCGCCACUCGUCCAAUCCCGACUCCCCCGUCCCUGCGGAGAACGAGGCCCAUGACGAGAAUGUCAACUUCCUCCGCGCCGGAAUCCUUCCUUACGCCUCGUUGAUACCCGCCCUGAGUCGCCAUCGCCGUCGCCGCGUUACAUCCCAUCCGGAGCUCAUGGAGGGCGAGGACCGCAUGGAGGUCGAUGACCCGAGCCACCUGCGCUUAUCCGUGGAGAUCAACCGUCGUACGCCGGCCGUCCAUCGCCAACGAGAAGACUCCGCCAACAUGCCCAACUACGAAGGCCUCCGCUCAAAUCCUCGGUUGUUGUAUGGAUGGGCCCCCGGUGCAGAAACCGAAGAUGAUGAUCUCCGCCACCACGACGAAUCCGAAGACGACCAAAUCCAGCCCUUCCUCGCCACCGUCCGAGAUCGCUCCGGAUUAUCAAGCCAACCCCAGCGCCACGAAUCAACAGCCCGAGCACAGCCAUCCAGAGGCACGGAGGAUGCGUCAGAGGCCAGUCGAACCGGGCGAGAGCGAACGUCCUGGGAUCCCUCGAUCUCAACGAUGGAAGCCCUUUUGCAGUCUGCUAGGCGACAGCCACGUUUACCGCGCACUCGUACACUGGAAAGCUACCUCUUGGAUAGAUACACGCCGCGAGAAACCCAAACCACGGUCCAUGACUCCGAUGAGACGGAACGCCCAGCGGGGUCAUCAUCGCGGGCUUAUCGCUACAGGCCCUCCCGAUGGGGCGACGCACGGGGAGGCUUGACUCAUGGCGAUUUGCGAUCUCGCGCUUCUGCUCAUCGCCAGGGAAAUUCGGCCGCGUCUGGAGACUCGAUUCUGAAGGACAUCAUCAACUACCUCGGCAGUUUGCGGGACUCGAAUUCGCUGGAGGAGAGCAUCAACUCGGCCGCUACCACCGGCAUUGGCCCCGCAACCUUCUCCAACGACUUUAUCCUUGAUACCAACACUAUUCCUCCCCCGCCCUCUUGUUCAUUCCUUCGCCCCGGAGCAAUGUUUGGCGGCUGCCAAAAAGCUGCACAUCUAGGAUGCUCGAUAUCCUCACACCCCCGCCUCGACCUCUACCCGGGCGAACCGGUAAUUGUCAACGGGAGUGACAGCGCGCGUAUCAGUGUUCAAACAAGCAGCGGGCGCCGAUACCUAGCCAACCCCCGCGACGAACGAUGGCCCGUGGUGGUGACCAUUCACAGUAUCGACUAUUCUGAGAUGACUCUCUCCGGCACGAUGGAAGCCUACAACAUCCCCGAUAAGAGUGUGGCCAGGUAUGACGCCCACAUUGUCACCUUCCUUGAAGGCGAGAUCAUCGACUUCAACAAACACACCCUCGAGACCAAAAACUUCAAGGCGGACGCGGAUAUCGAUAGCACUUACUGGAGAGAGCUGCAGCCAUUCAAAGACCUCUCAGAUGCCGAGGUUGCGAAGAAUUUGGUCAGUCGGAAAUGGGUCACGGAAGAAUUGGCCAAGGGGGAUCUUGAUGCGCGAUGCUUUAUCACCCCUACCGAUGCCCGCCAAGGUCUGACCAUCUCCGGUUUCUAUUACAUAUCUCUUUCCCGGGAGACCGGCGAGAUCGAAGGCCUCUAUUAUGACCCUGGCAGUUCUCCUUAUCAGCAAUUAUCUCUGAAGCCCCGAUCGAUGAGGAUGCAAGGUCCCGCCUAUUCUUUCCGGUAA